GAAUCCCUUUUUUCCACUCUUAAGUGUGUUGACGAUUGUGCUGCUUCUCCCGGGAUCUGUUUAUGAUGGCUCACCUGUUUUUGCACCAGAGCUGUCAAUUACUUUUCAUUAAUCGCCUUGCGAAUUUAUAGCCGAGUGACGCGAUGUGGGGGUCUGGAUAAAUAGCCCUGACAAGACAGAACCCCUGCUCUGGAUUCCACUCUAAACAGCAGGCAGUCGGCUGUCAGUUUCGUUGCACUCAUUCCACUGGAAAAGAAGGGACCUGUUAUACGCCAGGGUACCAGGGAAAUAGAAUGUGCAGGGGCACCCUGGGCUCUGUGUUCUUCGGUACUGUUUAUGCCAAGAUCUGUGUCUUCUUUUCUUCCAGGAAAGACUCGAUGUGGUAAAUUAUAGAAUAAGGUAACAACUAUGAACUUGCUUUUUUGAUCCCACAGUUCCAUAAAAACAAAACAAAACAAAACAAAAAAAACAACUGUAAAUGAUUUAGACUAUUGCGCAUUUUGGAGACACUAAAGGGACCCUAAUUCUAAUGCAUUGGAAAUCUAUUGACUCGCAAUAAGCAAAAUGUGGGGAAUGCCCAGGAUGAGAUAUGCAAAUUGUAAUGGUUCAGAGGCAAGUGAAGAAACGGAGAUUGUGGUAAAUAUUGGGGGAGUGAGACAAGUCCUGUAUGGGGAUAUCCUGAACCGCUACCCAGAGACCCGACUCGCUGAGCUAGCCAACUGCUCUUCUCUGGGAUACGACGCAAUUUUCUCCCUUUGCGACGACUACGACCCUGGGAGGAAAGAGUUUUACUUCGACAGAGAUCCAGGCGCGUUCAAGUGCAUUAUAGACGUGUAUUACUUUGGAGAGAUCCAUAUGAAAAGGGGUAUUUGUCCCAUCUGCUUCCAGAAAGAGUUGGAGUUUUGGAAAAUAGAUACUAGUUUUCUGGACGACUGUUGCAAAAGCAAUUUGAGCGAGAAGAAGGAAGAACUACAAGAAAUAGCAAAUAGAGUACAGAUAAUAUUGGACGACUUGGAAGGAGAUCCCUCAGACGACCGCUGGCAAAAGUGCCAAAAGUUUAUUUGGAAGUUUUUGGAGAAACCGGAGUCUUCGCUUCCAGCGCGAGUGGUGGCCAUCAUGUCCUUUCUCUUUAUUCUGAUUUCUUCGGUGGUGAUGUGUGUGGGGACUAUCCCGGAGCUGCAAGUGGAGGAUGCCGAAGGUAACCACGUGGAACCCCCGACUUUGGACGCCAUUGAGACCGUCUGUAUAGGCUGGUUUACCAUUGAGUACAUUCUCAGAUUAAUCUCGUCACCGAAUAAAGUACAUUUUGCCCUCUCGUUUAUGAACAUCAUUGACGUUUUGGCAAUAAUGCCAUUCUAUAUCAGUUUAAGUCUCACCUAUCUGGGUAACAAGAUGAUGGAGCUGUCCAACGUCCAGCAGGCCAUCCAGGCUUUGAGAAUUAUGAGGAUUGCAAGGAUUUUCAAACUGGCACGCCAUUCUUCUGGGCUCCAAACUCUAACAUACGCUUUGAAAAUGAGCUUCAAAGAGCUUGGAUUGCUACUCAUGUAUUUAGCAAUGGGUAUCUUUGUGUUUUCCGCCGUGGGUUACACCAUGGAGCAGAGCCACCCGGAGACUCUUUUCAAGAGCAUCCCCCAAUCUUUUUGGUGGGCUAUAAUUACCAUGACCACUGUUGGAUACGGGGACAUAUACCCAAAGACCACCCUGGGCAAAUGCAAUGCAGCGAUCAGCUUCCUCUGUGGGGUGAUUGCCAUAGCGCUACCCAUUCACCCGAUCAUAAACAACUUCGUCAAAUACUACGAUAAACAGAGAGUGUUGGAGACUGCAACCAAGCACGAGCUCGAUUUAAUGGAACUGCAUUCCACAGAGGGGAAGGGAAGGAAAGAAAGCGAUGCAGCAGCCGGGGUGAACAGAAGGAACUUGUCUCAAAGCGACAGUUACAUUCCGCUUUUAUCAGACGCGAAGCAUCACACAGAGACACUUCAAAGCUGUAAAUAAAGUUUUUUAUUUAUUUAUUUAUUUAUUUAUUUAUUUAUUUUUUUCAGUGUUGAAAAAAACACCGGGACGAUAUUUUGCAAUCUAUAAACAGGGUGAAAAUGACUAAUUAUAAUCAUUAUUCGAUUACUUUCUGCUUAGCUCUUUGGUAAAGAGGAAUCCGUUCUGUCGCAACAGCAGGUUGGUUCACUUUGAACUAUAACAUCUUAUUGCUGAUAUUUAAAACAUUUUUGCGUGGCGUUAUUGUGUCAUUAAACAGUUAUAUAAUGUGCAUGAUUAUCACAAUAAUGUGUGUAAUGUAGUGUAAUAUAGGCUCUUUCUGUAUGGGAGAUGCCGCUUAGCCUAAUAAAACCGUAUGU